AUGGCGCACCUCCUGGGCAGCCCCGCGUGCAUGGGCAGCCUGCGGGCCGACAUCGCGGACCUGCAGGGAGCCAUCGCCGACGUGUCGUCCCGCGCCGGGGCCGUUCGCUACCCGUCCUGGAAGUUCCCCGACAAAGUGUCGUGCGAGCUGGACCUGGCCGAGCUGCUGGAGCGCUACGACUACGUGGAGGGAGACCUGGAGUUCACCCAGCACGCGCACGUGGUGCUGCUGGAGCUGGUGAUCGACAGGCUCCUCCUGCUGCUCCAGAGCUUCACGGGCUACGCAGAAAACCUGCUCGGCGAGAAGGCGAUUCCGCCCGUGCGGCCCGUGGGCCCCUGCAUGUCGGCGGGGCUGACGGUGCGCAAGUGCUGGAGCAGCAUGCUGCGGCUGGGAGCCCUCUGCCAGCAGCUCCUCGCCCAGAAAAAAAACAGCAGAAAAGACAUCCCCACACCGAAAGCUACCCCUGAGGGGGUAGGCACUGAGCAGCUGUGCUUGAAGAGCUGCUCACCUGCAGUUCCGGAGCCAACCUCAUCCACAGGUGCUGCCCAGUCAGCCUCUGUGUGCCCGUUGCAGAGUGUCGGUGUGCCAGAGCGCGGCGCCUCGGCCAGCUCCCUGCCCAGCUCUGCGUGCAGCGUCGCGGAGAGCGGCCGCAGCAUCUCCACGCAGACAGCGGAGCCACCCCUGGCACCCUGCGACUUGUGUGCUCGUGCACAAGCCGGCCUCUGGGAGGUCAGCAAAGCCAUCGCGGGCAUCUGCCAGGGCCAGAACAUCCCCUCGGCCCUCAGCAGAUUCCAUGAGACGCUGGAGGAGACCGUGCGUAGAAGGGCCCUCUCUGCAAUGGACAUGAAUUACUGGGCCUCUGAACAAAGCAAGGACCUCUCUCGGAUCAGCAAACAUCUCCACAUGCUGCUGCAGCUGAUAAACCCUCUGAAAUUGAAGCUGGAAGAAGCAGAGAAACAGAAGGAUGAGCUGCAGAAGAAGGUGGAGGAAUUUGCCAAGUUGCUUCAGGAGGAAAAGAAAACCCAAGAAGAGCAGAGGAAGGAGGCUGAGCAGUCCCUGGAAGCAAAGAAGAAAGAGCACCUGGAGGCUGUAGCCAAACUGGAGCGGGACAAGGAGGACCUACGGAGAGGAGCUGCUCUGCUGGAAGAGCGAAUCUCUACCUUAAAGGAAGCAGUGGCUUCAAAGCAAGCUACUCUGCAGGAGCUGGAGGUGACGAAGAAGACCCUGCUGGAAGACAUGAGAACCAAGAUGGUGGCCAAGAGCCAGGUGCUGGAGCUGCAGGAGAAGGUGCAGCUGCUCAGUGGCCAGCAGGAGGGCAUGGGCCAGGAGCUGAGCGCCGUCACCACCCAGCUCGAGAAGGAGAAGGCCAAAGUGGAGAGCAUGCUGAGGCACGAGGAGUCCCUCCAGGCCAAGCAGAGUACUCUGCUGCGGCAGCUGGACAGCCUGGACCAGGAGUGCGAGGAGCUCCGCACCAGCCUGGCAGAAGCCGAGGAGGACAAGGCCAGACUGGCAGAGCAGCUGAAGGAGAACCAGGACAAGUGGGAGCAGAGCAAGAGCCACCUAGAGACACAACAGAAGCUGCUGGACACUGCGCAGCAGGAGAAGCUGGGCCUGGAGCAGUCCAUCUCUGAGCUACGCACGAACGUUUCUGGCCUGGAGGAGCUGGUUGGGAAGCUGAAGGAGCGGGAAAGGCUGCUGGUGUCCUUCCCGGAGCUCCACGUCCCCGUUGAGGCUCACUUUGAGAGCACCGGGAACUUCGCUGAGGACAUGGAGAAGCAGCUGCAGGCCAACAACAUCAGGCUGAGCAUCCUGGAGCAGGAGAAUGCGCGGCUCCGGGCUGCGCUAGCCAAGGUGAAGGCAGCAGCUCAGCAGGGCGUGUUGAAGCUUGUCCCACAGACCCAGCUGUGGACUCAGCUCAGUAGCCAGCAUGGCUCCGAGGCCAGCACCCCAGAUCUCCAGAGGCUGGCACCCGGGCGCCCGAGCAGCGAAGGCAGCGGGGACGGCGCGGGGCCCCGCAGGAGCCACCGGAGGCCUCGGAGCCGGGAGGGGGCGAAGCCGCCCUCGGCAGAGCCCACGCGCACGGCGGCUCCCUGCCUCGUGCUGCCGGCGGAGGGGCUGCUGCUCGGCCCCCGCAGCGAGCCCAGGGGCAGAGGCAGCGCURCCAGAGCCCACGGCCUCUCCCCUCACAGCACCAGGAGCCACCAGAGGUAG